AUGUAUGAGAAAUAUCAAGAUAUUAAGGAUGAUCUUCUUUAUGCCAUAUAUGAUAGCUUAGAUCCGUCUGAAUUUGAGGAGAAUUGGAACAAUGUAAUUGCAAAGUUUGAUCUGGGUGACAAUGGUUGGCUAGGAGGGUUAUAUCAAGAAAGAGAAAUGUGGGUUCCCGCAUAUAUGAGACACAUGUUUUGGGCGGGAAUGAAGACUACACAAAGAGUAGAGAGUAUAAACAGCUUCUUUGACGGGUAUGUGAACAAACACACUCGGUUGUAUGAGUUUGCGGAGAGGUAUUGUGAAGCAAUGGAGGUUCACGCAAAUGACGAGAAGGAGAACGACGCAAAUUCAGCCAGGUAUGUGAGGACACUUGAAACUGAUUUUUCAGUGAAAGCUAUAUACCAGAGGAUAUACACUGACAAUAAAUUUAAGGAGGUUCAAAGAGAGUGCAGUAGGUCCUUAUAUUUGAAUGUCCAGGGAAAGAAUGUAGUUUCAGAUAAUGUUUUGGAACAUUUUGUUCAAGAUAGGGUGUGGUUAGAGGUCCCAGAUAAAUAUAUUUUGAAGCGGUGGAGAAAAGAUGUUCAUAGAAAACAUACGAGGGUUAAGGUGGCUUAUCACGACCCUUCGAAAACAGAUGAGAUUCGUAGAUAUGAUUAUAUUUUUGACAAAUUUGUUCCAAUUUGUGAGAAGGCUUCAAAGUUUGAGGAGAAUAUUGCUGUUGUAGUAGAGUUGUUUGACCUCAUGAACUUGCGGGUUGAGGAGACAAGUGCGAUGGUAAUGAGGCGGAUGCUUGAAGGGGAUUUAGAUAUGACUCCCAACUCUGUGGUUAACAAGAAGAAUAACGAGUUGGGUCCUCCAUCUGUGGAGCAAUAG